AUGGCCUCCGGUCGUGGAUUCGCCGUCACGGCCACUGUACGAUCUCACGCCAAGGCCGACGAUAUCAUCAAGACACAUCCCUCGUGGAAGGACAAAAUCAGCUUUGCCAUAGUGUCAGAUUUCACUUCUCAGCAACCAUUCGAUGAAAUAUUUGAAAAUACAAAGGUUCCCUUCACCUACGUUAUCCAUACAGCAUCCCCCUUGAAGUUCAAUGUCGACGAUAUCCAAAAAGAGAUGAUCGAGCCUGCUGUUAAGGGGACUACGGAGAUCCUCAAAAGUGCUCACAAAUAUGGAGGCACGUCUUUGAAGCGGUUCGUUCUGCUGGGUAGUGCUGUUUCCGUCCUCAACUCGUUCGAGGACAUCACCCGCGAGGGCCGCCCUUACAACGAAAAUGAUUGGAACCCAGUGACCGCUCAGCAAGCCAUUGAGCGGAAAGACACAGUGCUUGGCUACAAUGUGUCCAAGACCCAGAGUGAAAAAACUGCGUGGGAGUCCAUGAAGACCAACAAGCCCAACUUCGAUCUAACCGUGAUCAACCCGGACAUUAUCACAGGCCCUAUGAUUCAUCCCAUCUCGGGGCCAAGCUCUAUCAACGAGACCAACCACUUUGCAAUCGCGAGCUUCAUUGAUGGGACACACAAUGCCGUCGAGGAUGUCGAUGUUCGGGAUGUCGCCCAGAGCCAUGUCGACGCCUUGACUAACCCUGUUGCGGGGGGUAGGCGGAUUCUGCUUAUCGCUGGAUUAAUCACGCCGCAGUUGGUAGUGAACAUCAUUCGACAGAACUUUCCCAGCUUGAGGGAUCGCGUUCCAGAAGGAAACCCUUCAAAAAUCUUGCCAGACGGAGUACAUCCGACCGGCUGGGAUAUGCGGGUCAGCUUGGAUGUCUUGUCCAAGGGGAGAGAGGGGGGACAUUGGAAGUAUAUUCAGUUGGAACAGAGUGUCACCGAUGCUGUGCAGUCAAUGAUUGAUCACAAUGUUUUAUAG